AUGUGUAUAAGAGACAGGCGUUACUGGGACAACAGAGCCUGCAGCUUUACUGGGACAACAGAGCCUGCAGCGUUACUGGGACAACAGAGCCUGCAGCUUUACUGGGACAACAGAGCCUGCAGUGUUACUGGGACAACAGAGCCUGCAGCUUUACUGGGACAACAGAGCCUNGCCACAGCCUCCCCUGCCACAGCCUCCCCUGCCACAGCCUCCCCUGCCACAGCCUCCCCUGCCACAGCCUCCCCUGCCACAGCCUCCCCUGCCACAGCCUCCCCUGCCACAGCCUCCCCUGCCACAGCCUCCCCUGCCACAGCCUCCCCUGCCACAGCCUCCCCUGCCACAGCCUCCCCUGCCACAGCCUCCCCUGCCACAGCCUCCCCUGCCACAGCCUCCCCUGCCACAGCCUCCCCUGCCACAGCCUCCCCUGCCACAGCCUCCCCUGCCACAGCCUCCCCUGCCACAGCCUCCCCUGCCACAGCCUCCCCUGCCACAGCCUCCCCUGCCACAGCCUCCCCUGCCACAGCCUCCCCUGCCACAGCCUCCCCUGCCACUCCCUCCCCUGCCACAGCCUCCCUUGCUACAGCCUCCCCUGCCACAGCCUCCCCUGCCACAGCACCCUCCUUGCCACGGGCUACUAAUACUACGACAGACGGUGAACAACUGAACAUUUACUUGAUUAAAAUAGCCUGA